AAAAAUUGCAAUAGAAGGAAGGGCUGCGGAGGCUGCACACAUCUCUGGGUUUGCAGGCAUACAGAAGUUGUUGAAUAGGUAGAGGGUCCAAACUGACAUUUGGAAAACAAUGAACGGUUCUGUAGUUAAUUAUCUGAUGAACAAAUAUAAAGGAGAACUGGGCCACUGAAAGAGAAUUUUUCCUGUUUUGCAAUUUGCUGUCAGCAGAAGAUAAAACAUAUCCUUGAAGAUAUACAAUUUUACAUAAACAGCUGAUGUUUACAUAAGCCUAGAUAAGUUUGUGAAAAACAUAGAUAGCAAAAGAUGCGAUGGUAGCUGAACUUGACUCUCCUGCUCUUUGAAUAUAAUAAUUUUUCUUUUUGUAUUGUUGCAGCUUAAGAACAAAGUGUGCAGCAAUACCUUUACCAAAUCAACUACCUACACUAUUAAUUUGAUUUGGAAUGGACAAUGGGAUGUUCUCUGGCUUUAUCAUGAUCAAAAACUUCUUCCUCUUCUGCGUUUCCAUGAGUUUAGCCAGUCACUUCGGCUUCUCACAGAUGCCAACAGCUUCGGGGAAAGAGGACACCAACGAUAACAUUACUAUAUUCACCAGGAUCUUGGACGGCCUGCUGGAUGGCUACGACAACCGACUACGCCCGGGACUGGGAGAGAGAAUAACUCAGGUGAAAACAGACAUCUACGUUACCAGUUUUGGUCCUGUGUCAGACACAGAAAUGGUAAGCUCUAGCCCAUGGCUCCUACCUUGUAUUUCCUUGCUAAAGUCAUUUUCAGAACCGUUGCUCCUAAUCAGACCCUGCAAUAAUACGUCUGCUUCUUUAUGCCAGGAAUACACCAUUGACGUUUUUUUCCGACAAAGCUGGAAGGACGAAAGGCUUCGAUUCAAAGGACCUAUGCAGCGCCUCCCUCUUAACAAUCUGCUUGCCAGCAAGAUCUGGACCCCCGACACCUUCUUCCACAAUGGCAAAAAGUCUAUUGCUCACAACAUGACAACACCAAACAAGCUUCUGCGUCUCGAGGAUGACGGCACUCUGCUGUAUACCAUGAGAUUGACCAUCUCUGCUGAAUGUCCCAUGCAGCUUGAAGAUUUCCCCAUGGAUGCACAUGCUUGCCCAUUAAAAUUUGGAAGCUAUGCCUACCCCAAUUCUGAAGUGAUCUAUGUGUGGACUAAUAGCACCACAACAUCUGUGGUGGUGGCAGAAGAUGGUUCACGACUUAAUCAGUACCACUUGAUGGGACAAACUGUAGGAACUGAAAACAUCAGUACAAGUACAGGUGAAUAUACUAUUAUGACAGCACAUUUUCAUCUGAAAAGAAAAAUCGGUUAUUUUGUCAUCCAGACAUACCUUCCUUGCAUUAUGACUGUGAUCUUAUCACAAGUGUCAUUUUGGCUAAACAGAGAGUCUGUUCCUGCCAGAACUGUCUUCGGAGUAACGACAGUCCUCACCAUGACCACCUUAAGUAUCAGUGCCCGUAACUCUUUGCCAAAAGUGGCCUAUGCUACUGCAAUGGACUGGUUUAUAGCUGUCUGCUAUGCCUUUGUAUUUUCUGCACUGAUUGAGUUUGCAACAGUCAACUAUUUCACCAAGAGAGGCUGGGCAUGGGAUGGCAAAAAAGCUCUUGAAGCUGCUAAAAUCAAGAAAAAAGAGCGUGAAUUACUGGGGAAUAAGUCAGCUAAUACUUACACCACUGGAAAGAUGACCCCCGCACCAAACAUACCAAAGGACUCCGCCCCAUCUGUCAUCUCAAACACUGUUACUGCUCUGGUGAAAUCUGCUGAAGAAAAGCCUGCUGAAAGCAAAAAGACUUACAACAGCAUCAGUAAGAUUGACAAAAUGUCCCGGAUAAUUUUUCCAGUGCUGUUUGGAACUUUUAACUUAGUCUACUGGGCCACAUAUUUGAAUAGGGAGCCUGUUAUUAAAGGUGCCAGUUCUCCAAAAUAAACUGAAGGACUCUAAAGCCACAUGUGAGCCAUACUUACAGAGCAGAUGCUACCAAGGAAAAUUUGAGAUUCAGAUGGCUUUCUACAUUUGGGCAAUAUUCUUCAGGAAGUUUUUUGCAUGUUUAAUAAUAUGUACAAAUAAUAUUGCCUUGAUUGUUUCUACAUGUAACCUCAGAUGUUUCGAAGAUGGUUAUAUUACUUACUUACAGCAACAGAUCUUUAUAAAAGGUCAGAAGACAUUGAACAUGGCUUCUUUGCUGCUGAGUAUCUUGCAUUGAUAGUUUACAAAUAAAAUAAGUUAUAUUUUUUAACUGUUCAAGUGUACUACAUAUCGUGGUUUUUAUACUUCAGAUGUACAGUCAUACAAAUGUAGGCUUAAGCUAUAUUUUACAGAAGAGCUCCACUAUUGUCAUCUGAUAGGUUACUAUGAGUAACACCAGUUGUAAAAGUGCCAAAUUAUUAAAUGUAGGGCUCUGUUUGAGCACCUUUACUGAUUAUAGAUAGUACAUUACUCCACAAAUAAAACUGCACAGCCCAAUUUUCAUUAGCAGAAGUUAAUACAGUGCAGUAAAUCCUAAUGGGGCUAUGCUGAUUUUCACUGCUUGAGCUUCUAGCUUGCAGUGAAGUAACAUAGGGAGCAAGAUGCUGCUUGUGUAAAUAAAGGUGGUGGAAUCUUGCCCUUAAAAGAAAAUAUUAGGUUUGUUUGAUUUUUUGCAUUCCAACAGAAUUUUCUCUGAUGAUUCUCAGUAUUUAUUGCAAAAAUUAGAGAUAUAUUGCAUGAAAUUACCUUUAACAUAGAUUAGGAACAUAUUUGUGCAAAUAAAACUUUUAACAGAAGCAGUAGACAUUUUUAUUAGGGUAAAGUAACUAAUGUUUGGACAUUUUCCCAAGAAGAUUAUGUUAUAUUAGCAGAGCUAAACAGUAAAGAAUUACAAUAAUUCUGAAGUACUUAUUACUUGUUUCCCAGAGUGAAAAUCAAUCAGCCAACACAAAGAAGGGUGAUCAGAAAAGAGAUAUGCUUUAUGACAGCAAGGUGUUUCAGUGACAAUAUUGACAGAAAGAUCUUUGUACUGUCCAUCUGAAACUUUUCUAUAAGAUGCCUUGCUGCUACCAGUGUGUUUUGCUUUCACAAUGAAUGAGAAAAUGCAAUCUCAGUUUUCAGCUCUUUUCUCCUUGGCAUCCUUUCCUUGUUCCAGAAGCUUUUGUAAUUUAAUCUUAAUGUUUAA